AUGCUGGGCUGGAGAAUUGGAGGAACACCGGCGGAAGGCGCUGCUGCAACAGGAGGCUUCCGAUGCGCCGGGGAUACCUGCAUGCAGCAGCAGAGUUCCCGGAGGCGUGGAGGCGCGAGGCGGGUUGAGGCUUCAGCGCGGCGUCGCGGCGGCCGGAGAAGACAGGGAAGAGGGUUCCGCGAUUUUUCCGGUGGUGUGGCGCGUGUGAAGAUGUUUUUCAAACUUCUGGUAAAACUAUGGUCAAUAAUAGCAUCUCAGUUGCCAGGAAGGACAGACAAUGACAUCAAGAACUAUUGGAAUACCAAGCUUACGAAAAAGAUGAUGCCAAUUAUGAUGGACCCUUUAACAAUGAACAAUAAUAAUAAUAAGCCUCAUCCCCAAAUUACCCUUUUGUCCAUCCUCCGAAAUUCAUCAUCAACACAACAUUCUCCUUCUCCUCCAUCUCCUCCACCAUUCAUAUCAAACACAACCGCCACUAAUAAUAAUAAUGACACUUAUUAUUACUACCACCCUCAUGAGUCCAUUAUUUCUUACUCAUCAUCAAGUGAUCUUAUCAUCAAUGCCAAUAGUAGUUCUUCUACUUCUUCUGAUUCUAUCAUCUUUCAAUCUCAACAACAAGAAUCUUAUAUGGAUAAUAACACCAUUGAUCAUCAGAAUUAUCAUCAAGAACCAGCUGAACAACUUGGAUAUUGUGGUGAUGAUUAUUACUAUGAUUAUGGUACCUUUGUGGACCAUAUAGUUGCAAAUAAUAAUCAUAAUAAUUACCACUAUAGUGGGGUAGAAGAUGCACAAAAGUUUAUGCAUUUUAAUGGUGGCAGGGGUAAUGUGGGGACAGAGAAACAAAGUAGUACCUUGUUGGAAGAAAAUCCAUUGGAUAAUUAUGGAAUAGAUGAGACUAAAGAGCUUGUAUUAAGCAACAAUAACUUUUUGUUUGAUCACAACUAA